UUGCUGACUGUUCAAAUUUAGAAUGUUUUUGAUCACUGUUUUUCUACGGAUUUUAAGGAUUUGAUAACAAAUAAAGGAGUUUUAACCUGGAACUUUGACUUACGUUUUAAACAGCGGGCGCGUCAACAUUAUUCCCCUAUUCAGCUGCUCGGCGACUCAAAGGCUUGACAGUCGCCAAUAACACCUUUACAAACCACCCGAUUGUGGUUAAAAGAGAGAGAAGCACAACACCACCUCCAUCUCACUUCCUUUUAUGUGAACUGGUCUCACUAUCAGGAAAACAAAACCUAAUGUUCUAACACAACAGGUCAUCCCUCAUCAAUCAUUGUCCAUUAAAGCUCUCCAAUUCUUCCCCAUGAAAGGGAAUCAAAGAGCUCAUGGUUAAUAAAAUCACAUUCAUAUUUACUUCAUAUUAGAUAUUAGAGCUUUGAUUUAAUAGAAAAGCCUCGUACUGAUGAGUGAAGAGGAAACCACAGUCACAGAGGGAGGAGGAAGAGGAGGGUGUGCAUAGAAACUGAUCACUUAUAAACUUUAAACUUACCAAGUGUGAAGAUGGGGGAAGUUUCUGUGCUGUGGCUGCUCUUCCUGACCUCACUGCUGAUCUACACGACAAACCAAGUUCGUCUGACUGUGAACCCAAACAGCUCUCAGUUCUUCAAAGAAAAGUCUUUGUCUCUGAGCUGUGAGGGGGCCGACAGCUCUGCUGGAUGGACUCUGAGGAGAAGCACACCUGAAGGAGAGAGUCACUGUGGAGAAACGUGGGGAAGAUGGUCCAAUUAUUCCUGUAAGAUCAGCAUGACGCUCCCAUGGGACAGUGGAGUUUACUGGUGUAAGUCCAGAGAGGGUCCCAUCAGUAACAUGGUUAAGCUGACAGUCACUGGUGGAUCAGUGAUCCUGCAGAGUCCUGUCCUCCCUGUGAUGGAGGGAGAUGACGUCACUCUGCUCUGUGAAACAAAGACCACUCCCUCCAACCUCCCAGCUGCUUUCUAUAAAGAUGGCUCCCUCAUCAGGAAGCAGCCUACAGGUCACAUGACCAUCCAGCAUGUUUCCAGGUCUGAUGAAGGCCUCUACAAGUGUGACAUCAGCGGUCAUGGAGAGUCUCCAUCCAGCUGGAUCACUGUCACAGGUAAUCCAAUAACCACAGUCCUGCCUACAUCUACACCCCCACCACCCACUUUUACAUCCCUCACCCCUGGAUCAGCUCCACACCCUGAUGCCCCCUCCCUCCAGCUUGAGUUCAGACUGCCUUUCCACCUGCUGGUGUUCUGUCCGUACUUCAUUGCCACUGUCCUCAUGGUGUCUUUAUGUCGACGCAGAGCCAAAGCAUCACCUACCUGCACUGGACAGAAGUUGCCUGACGACUUGUUUGACUGACCACUGAGCAUCAAGUGUGAGAUGCAGCUUAGAAAAGUCAACAUAGACUCUUUGUACAAAGAUAUUUCUGCUUCCUGAUCUUCCCCUGUUAGGUCUUAACGUCAGGCUUUUUCCAUAAAUCCUUUUAAAAACAUUAAUAGCAGUUGUUUUUGUUGCUUUUCACUCCUAAAAUUUCUUAAAUACAUUCUUAGGAUCAAUAUGUGAAUCACCGAAGAGAGAGAGUUUUGUUUUCUUCUUUUUAUGUCCAUGAGUGUUUAAUUGAUGAAUAUUGUGCUCACUUCUGGUGUGCCCAAGUUUCAGUCUUCGGCCCUCUUCUCUUCAUAAUUUACAUCCUCCUUUUUUGUACCAUUUUCCGCAAAUUUGAUCUUCACUUUCACUGUUUUGCUGAUGACAUCCUGCAGGCCUGUUUCCUCCCUCCCACCUUCUCCUCUUACAGAAUGCUUAUCUAAAACAAAAUCCUGGUUCAGCUCUAAUUUUCUAAAGCUCAAUGAGGAUAAAACUGAAAUCCUCCUUAUUGGCACAAAUCCAACCUACUGAAGGCGAAUCAUUUCUCACUCACAAUUGAUAACCACCAUUCUAGUCCAUAGUCUCGUUCUCUUCCUUCCUCCUUCAUUUACUAUAGUAAUUCUCUCUUACGUGGUCUCCUCCAAAAGUCCCUCCAGAAGCUUCAACUGGUUCAAAAUCCCUUCUACCAGCACAUCACCCCCAUGCUCCAGGAAUUUCACUGGCUCCCAGUGAAACUCUGGAUGGUGUACAAACUUCUUCUGCUCAUCUUCAAGGCCAUUCAUAACCUUGCUCCUCCUUAUCUUUCUGAACUGUUAAGCACCUGACCUGCCUUUUUUCCGCCUCACCUCCAUGGGAAGCAGAGCUUUCAGCUGCUCUGCUCCCAGGCUGUGGAACUCUUUACCCCCAGAUAUAAGAAACAUUGGUUCUUAUAUCUCAGCUCAGAACCCGUCUGUUCAAAUCUGCAUAUUCACUGUGAAUCCACUGUUUGUUCAUUUAUCUUGUGCUUUUAUUUUAUUGUUCUUCAUUGUGUCAUUGUUCUAUUAUGUGUUUUAUCCUAUUGUGCAGUGUCCUUUGGUGUCUUGAAAGGCACAUUUUGAAUAAAAUGUAUUAUUGUUAUUAUUAUUAUUAUCAUGAAUACUUAACCGUUGGGACCUCUCUUUUCUUUAGGAUUUAUAUUCAGUGCUCUUUAUUGGCAUAAAAACAAUUAGGUUUUCAAUUCAGUUUGAUUAAUGCAGCACCAAAUCACAACAAAGGUUGA